AUGGGAGCAAACUAGAGUCAACAAUAGGCGUAAUAGGAAAAGAAGAAACUCAGAAAACGAGAUUAUCUGAUUGGAAUGUGUAUGAGUCAAUUGACAUCAAAAGAAUCAAAAGAGAGUUCAAAGUUAGGAAAAAGCCUAGCUGAAAGCAUGAAAUUAUAAAGUCAAGAUAUCCUGACGUAUUAUGAAAUGCAGAUAUUUUAGAAAGAUGAGUGAGGAAGAGAUGCCUAAUUAUCCCAUUAAAAUCCUACAGUAUUUCUUAAAUUUCUUGACGAUUCGAGAAUGCUUAUAACUUAAACUAGUGAACAAAAAACUAAAAUUCAUGGUUGAAAUGAGCAGCAGCAUCUAUUCAAACUAUCUCACUUAAUUCUAUUUACGAAAGCUGCAGCUCCGAUGUUUUGUAGAAUAUGGAUUGCAUUAGAGAUUUCUUUCCGUAUACCACUCUUAAUUGUUAUGUAUCGAAACCAACUAAGACGAAUCCUGGAUCAGGAUAUACCUGAGUUUCCAGAGAAGCAUGUAUCACUUAAUGAUUAUCAAUUAGACAAUAAAUGAGAAUCACAGAAGAUGACAUCUAAAAGACCUUCAAAAUUAAUUAUCCACUGGUUGAUAGGAUCUUGGAAAUCUGUCGUAAUCCAGUAAUGCCCAUCCCUUUGUUGACAGAUGAUAUUCUCAAGUAAUGCACAACCAGCUGGUUUCAAUUGGAGUUGGCCUAAAGAACCAACGAUUAUACGAUUGUUGAAAAAGUUCCCUCUCUUGAUGAAUUAACAGAAAAACUAUAUUAGGAUUGCUUGCAUAAAUUUGAUGUCACCAACAUGAAACACACCUAACUAUUGUUUGAAUUGAGAUGGGUUGUAAUCGAUAACUUUCUUAAGGACCCCACCAUAUUGGAUUCUGAAAACAUACCCCUUUUAUUGAGAUUUCUGCUUUAAAUAUUCAACUUCAUUUAUCAAAGGUGUCUAUUUAGUAGAAAUGUGUUGAUGAUUACAAAAAUGGAAAAAAAUCCAGCCAUGUUUCUCAAUAUGUACACUAUUUUAUGGGAAUCCUAUAUUGGCAUGAUGUGGGCCUUGAAUAGAGCCUUGAAGAAAAUAUUCAACAAAAUCGACUUGCUAUUUGAGGUAUAUUUUACUACUUCUUUCCCUAAAGUCACAUUCACUAGUGCUCUUGCAAGAUUGUGGUCUUAGAUUGUUAUUAAAGGUACUAGAAACUCACAAGUGGAUCCCAUUGAGAAUGAAUUGUUUCUCUCAUAUGAAACCCUCUUGAAAUAAAAAAGAAUGAUCUUAUUAGGGUUCUUUAUGAAAGAUCAUUUUACAAAUGAACAGUAAGUUAUUGGUUAAAAAUUCAAUGAUGACGACUAUUUUAAAUACUGUUCAAGUGCAGUUAAUUACCUAUUAAAUAAAUUUACAUCCAAUAUUUUGGAUUUAUCAUUACACGAAUAAAGCAUCAAUUGGAUUGGCCAUUCAAAUGUUAAAGUGGGAUCUCUUUAUGGAAAGAUACUGAAUAUUGUAAUCUCAUAAGCCAACGAAUUCUAUUAAAAGGCUUCGGAACAGUUAUCCAACGACUAUCAAGUGUUCAAAAAUUAUAUCAUAGGUAUUCAUAUCUUAUAUCAUAUUGCAAAGCCGAUUCCAAAUACAUGCAGGAAAUCCUGAAUCAAUGGACUGUACAAGUGUGUUUGUUACCCAAAGGAAUAGAGUUUCUGUAUGAUAAAGUGAAAAUCAAUCUCAGAUAACAUGUACUCUCUUGCUAAGACAUCGCAGACUAGACUAAUCAUAAUUUUGAGGAUAACAUUCUUGAAUCUAAAAUCAUAGGACGAAAUGUUCAAUCAUUACAAUUAAAUGAACCAGAUGAUAAUACAUUAAGAAUCGAAAGAGAAGAUUAAUUUUUAGAAAAUAACAUUUGUGAAAUCUUAAGAGAACAGAAUGCAUAAAAUGUAUAAACUUAACACAUCAGUCAUCCACAACAAUCAGUCAUUAAGUAGGUUUCAUAUUAUCAAUAUUAAUCUGCCAAGUAAUAGAGUAUACUUGAAGUAGAUUACAAUAAAAUGAGAAUGCUCUCUACCUUCACUUCAAGCACUAGAGUUAGCUAGAUUACUCAAUUAACCAGUGUGUAUAGUUAAUAGGUUAUGUCUUCUUACAAAUCCAAUUCGAAUAUCCAUUAAAUCAAAGAAAUCAAAUCCAAAUUGGAGAAUAAUUAGUGGGCUGUGUAUCUAAAAGAGAUUUACAAUAUAGAGAUUGAAAAUAUGAUCAAAAUUGAAAAAAGGAAUAAUCAAAUUCAAAUGAGGAAUGCUGUUAGAAACAUACCCUAGGAAUUAGAAGAACAAUUUAAUAACAAUGUCGAGUUUAUCAAAGUUUGGUCUCUUGAAGAUACCAUGUCUUUGUUUGAAUCCAAAAAUACUAUGGAACAAUUACAAGACACCAACGAAGAAAGAAACUUUAGUGAAAUGAAAGUUGGUCAAGGAUUGCUCGCCUCUUAUUUCAUUUAACAUUAGAUAUGA